AUGGAAGAAUUUUUUCCAAGUGACGGAGAAUAUUAUAAUGAAGCACAGUUACGAUCAUGGAAUCAUAACAAUGGUUAUUACACAUCUCAUCCGACAUUUAAUGAAAAUGUUUGGGCUCAACAGCAAAUGAAUGCACAAAAUCAACAAUUUUUAGCAUCGAGAAUGGGGGGAACUGCUGGAGGCGCAGGAACCUGGCCAGUUCCCACUCAUAGUCAACUAGCGUACUCUCCCCAUCCGUCAGUUAACCUGUCUCAAAUGCCGAAUGGAGUAGCGAAUGGGACAACAAGUGGUGCUUAUUCGUCCAAAAUACCACAAAAUUAUCCCGCUACCCAAAUGACUUACAAUACAUCAUCAAAUCCUGUUAUGAAUUCAUAUCAACCGUCUAAUUACAUGGACGCAUAUGGAAUGCAUCCAUCGUCCUCUGCUGCUGCAAUUCACCAACAACGAGUGAUGCAAGCAAUGUCAAAAGGUGGCGUGGGACCUGUGACUGGUUAUCAUCAGCCACUAGCAAGAUCACGUACAUUACCCUAUCCUGCACAUCCACAAGUUUACGUUAUGAACAAACGUAUGUAUUCAUCUACAUCAGUUGGUGGAAUAGAUCCAAGCACAAGUCAGUAUGGACAGCCACAACAAAUGCAAAUGUAUUCUGGCUAUAAUGUUCCGAAUAACGCAAGUGGUAUGCAACAUUUAGCCAAACUAAAACAACAACAAGCUGCCUAUCAAUAUGCUCAACAACAACAACAACAACAACAACAGCAACAGCAACAACAACAACAACAACAGCAGCAACAACAACAGCAGCAGCAACAAUCGCUAUCAGCUGCUCCUCCAAACACAUUAUCAUCCACUGCAACGGCUGCUACUGCACAACAAGAGCAAGCAACUGUUCCUGAACAGACACAAUCAAAUGUUACAAUGAAUAAUCAGCAAUCGACAAUAACACAACUAUCGCGAAAGACUUCGACAACACCGGAUUCCGUUUUAAGUUACAUUGCACCAACUCCUCCUGCAACACCGUAUAAUAGUCAACAAGAUGGAAAGUUAUCGACUAACAACAAUAACAGCGGUCGACGGGAAGACAUCCGAAUUACAUUCCCAUUACCAAAUGCAGUAGUGAUUCCUCCAUUUCAAGUACCACAUGAUAACAACAGUCCCAAAGAAAAUCCUCUUGUAUUCAAUUUACGACCUGAUAUUUUUAAUAAGCUAAAAGCAACACAAGAUUAUGAUAUUCAGUUAAAGUUUUAUUCAAAAGAUGAUCCAGCUCAAGCUCCCUUUUGGCCAAAUUGUGUCAGUAUAACAGUAAACAAUCAACCACUGCAACCUGAACGUAAAUAUCAUUCAUUAUAUUUCAAACAAUUUUGUAAACAAGGAGCGAAUCAGCUGAUCAUUACAACAACGGGAUGUAUUUGUUCAUAUCAAUGUAUCGUUCAAUUUGUCUCAAGACCGUUCAUAACAAAUUUGGUGCGAAUGAUAUUGGGAAAUCGGCUCUUGACUAUUGAGCAUUGUGGACAAAAAUUAAGACACAAUUUUAAUCUGAAUCUAGCCGCAAAUGGUACAUCUAGUGAUGAUAUUGAACAAAUGCAAACUAAAAUAUCGUUGAAGUGUCCCGCAUCAGUACAAAGAAUUGGACUUCCAGCACGUGGUACUCAUUGUGCGCAUAUACAGUGUUAUGAUCUUCACUCAUUUUUAAUCCUUAAUUGUGAAAGAGUUAUAUGGCGUUGUCCGUUAUGUAAUAAACAUUUAACAUAUGACACAAUUGAAGUUGAUCAAUCGUUGUGGUAUAUUUUGGAUAAUAAAGCAAGUGAAUGCAUGGAUGAAAUAUUAAUGGAUAUCAAUGGUAACUGGAAACCAUUAAUUAACAAGAUGACAAAAUAUCCAUCACAUCCUCUACAGCAACAGUACCAACAAUCAACUAUGAAAGAGGAAAAUAAAACAAUGCUACCAUACAGUACGAGUAAUCCUACUACACCAUCAUCUAAUGAAUACAAUGUAAAAAAUUCUGGAAAAUACCAACCACUAACACCCACUACCUCAUUGCCAACAGUACAGUCGUGGCAAAUGAAUUUGCCUUCACCUUACAACCUUGCAUCACCAUACAGUCCUAGUUUACAUCAAUCAGAAAAUACAAGUUUACUUAGUAUUCAACAAUCACCAUUACAACAUCAACAAUUCACCAGCCCAGUCAGCAAUCCGGAUACACCAAACAUGUUACACGGUAAUGAAUAUAGCACUGUACCUUGUCUGUCAAAUCACCAUCCACCAGGAUCCGUUAAUUCAAUAACAGAUGCCUUGUGUCCAGGUGAGUCGAACGAGCGUCGACUGACACCAGGGCCGCCAAGUGUAGGAACGUCAAAAGUGCCCUAUCAUCAGAAUGGUUUUCCUCAUACACCUCACACACCAUCGAUGAUGCCACCUACACCGAAUCCAAUAUCAGCCCCACCCACACCACAAACAGCUGGACCUCGCUCUGUGGCACCACCGCUAAACAAUAUUAUAUCAUCAUCGUCGACAACCUCUCUGUCUUUGACUGACCAUCAAACUGACCAAGCUCAACAAUCUAUGACUACAUUGACGAAUGAUGCUCAGCAACAAGAACACUUUCAGCUAUAUAACAUUCAUUCUUCUCAUAAUAUCAGAUCAAACGAGCAAAUUUCAAAUCAAGAUCUAUCAAGAAAUCCCACAAACAUGGAAGCAAAAGAUCUUAAAACCAUUGAUAAUGAUCUCGAUGCUUAUCUUAAAAAUACAAAUAAUUUUCCCGAAGAUUUAACUUCAGAUUUAUUUGAUGAUAUAGAUGAUUUAGCUGAAACAUAUCUUGGCCCAUCGACAAUUCCACCAAACAUUACGACAGCGGAAGAUUUAUUUAUUAAUUACUUAUGUUCUGAUGAUGUGAUCUCUUCUUCUAUUUCUACUUCAGAAACUUGA